AUGGCUGGCGGAGGAAUGAUUGCACCAUCAGUGAACAAGGGGUACCCUGGAAAGUUCACCGGCAGAGUGUUCAUCACUUGUAUUGUUGCUGCUACGGGAGGUUUGAUUUUUGGUUACGACAUCGGUAUUUCAGGUGGCGUUACAUCGAUGCCUCCAUUCUUGGAGAAAUUCUUUCCGGACGUGUUCAAGAAAGAGGUACUGAAUAUCGGAGGAACAAAUCAGUACUGCAAGUUUAACAGCCAAAAACUGACGAUGUUCACAUCAUCCUUAUACUUGGCUGCUCUCGUAGCAUCCUUAGUAGCUUCAACAGUAACACGUAAGUUGGGACGGAGGCCCUCAAUGCUUCUCGGCGGAGCUCUCUUUCUCGCAGGCGCUAUUGUGAACGGACUCGCCCAAAAUAUAACAAUGCUCUAUAUUGGUCGUGCUCUUCUCGGUGUGGGUGUUGGUUUUGCGAAUCAGUCCGUGCCUGUAUACCUCUCGGAAAUGGCUCCUUACAAGUAUCGUGGGGCGCUGAAUAUGGUUUUCCAAUUGUCAAUUACAAUUGGUAUUCUUGCAGCCUAUGUAAUAAAUUACUUCACAGCAUCAAUGAAGGGCGGCAACGGAUGGCGUUACAGUUUGGGAUGUGCAGGAGUACCUGCUAUCAUAUUCGUCCUCGGUUCAUUGUGCCUUCCCGACACGCCAAACUCUUUAAUUGAGCGUGGUAAGAAUGAAGAAGCAAAGAAAAGACUUCAAAAAAUCCGAGGUGUCGACAAUGUUGAUCAAGAAUACAAUGAUCUGAUUAAUGCGAGCAUCGAAUCGAAGAAGAUAAAGCAUCCAUGGGCAAAACUUUUCUCUAGAAAAUACAGGCCUCAAUUGGUAUUCGUUACUUUUAUUCCAUUCUUCCAACAGCUCACAGGAAUGAACGUGUUCAUGUUCUAUGCCCCGGUUCUGUUCAAAACCAUUGGUUUUGGAGCUAAUGCUUCCUUAUUUUCUUCUGUAAUUACUGGUGUAGUCAACUGCGUAUCUACUCUUGUUUCGAUGGCCACGGUUGACAGGUUUGGAAGGAGGGGACUCUUUCUUGAAGGUGGACUGCAAAUGUUAAUUUGCCAGAUUAUUAUUACAGUUUGCAUUGGAAUUAAAUUUGGACUAAAUGGGAAUCCCAGUGAAUUGCAACAAUGGUAUGCAACGUUGGUGGUUGUCGCUAUAUGCGUUUAUGUUGCUGGAUUUGCUUGGUCUUGGGGGCCUCUUGGUUGGUUGGUGCCAAGUGAAAUUUUGCCUCUUGAAGUCCGAUCGGCUGGUCAGAGCGUGAAUGUUUCAGUUAAUAUGAUCUUUACAUUUUUCAUUGCUGAAAUUUAUCUGCAAAUGAUGUGCGCAAUGAAGUUUGGUCUGUUCAUAUUUUUUGCUGUUUUCGUGUUCGCAAUGACUAUUUUCAUUUACAAACUCUUGCCGGAGACCAAAGGAAUUCCAAUUGAAGAAAUGGCAGAAAUAUGGAAGGCACACCCUGUUUGGAGAAAAUAUGUUGUUGACGAGAAUGAAAAACCAACUAGUGAGAUGGUUGAAGAGGUCAAGAUCGCAAAAGAAGGAUGA